AUGGCGCCGGGUCGUCGAACGCGAAACAAAAAGGCCCCAGAGCCAGUCGUGGAAUCGCCCCCACAGCAAGAGGAAGAUCAGGAUUCAUCAGAGUUGGAAGAGAUCGCCUCCCCAGAACCCGAAAAUGCGGACAGCGAUGAAGACGCCCCAUCUCUCAAGUUCGACGAGGAGCUCACAUGGCGGCCCGCGAGGCCGAUUGCAGUGGGAACCCUCAUAAGUCGGCUGGAAAAGUUGUCGGAGGAGCUGGCCGAUUACGACCAGGAAGGAGUCAACCUCGAUUCACUGAGCGAAGUCUCCGCUGCAUUGGCGCACCGGAACCUAUUACAACACAAGGAUAAGGGAGUCAGAGCAUACACAGCGUGCUGUCUGGUGGACAUCCUACGCCUCCAUGUCCCAGAAGCCCCUUUUACAGCGGAUCAACUCAAAUUGAUAUUUACACUCUUCAUCGGCAGCAUUAUCCCUGCGCUGUUCGACCCGAAAAACCCCUGGAAGACGCAGAACAAGCAUGUGCUGACGUCCUUGACCGAAGUCAAGAGUCUUCUCUUGCUAAACGAAGUGCCGGGUGGCGAUGACUUGACGGUACGGCUCUUCAACACAACAUUCGAUGGUGUCGAGAACAGCGCAAAGGCGAAAGCCGGUGAGCAGCUGCCCAAGGAUGUCGUCACACAUUUGACGGAGGCGCUCAUUCUGCUCAUCGAUGAGGCCCCAGGCAGUGUUCCUCCGGCCAUGAUUGAUUCCGUCUUGACGCAGUUCCUCCGAGCCCUUCCACCUGGCGGCUCUCGAAAUAGAGAGCACAGCCAGAACCAGGCUACGCUACUGCCGAAAUCCGAGCCACCUGCCUACACGAUUGCCAAAAACAUCUGCAAUGGCUGCCCUGACAAGUUGGCUCGAUACGUCAGUCAAUAUUUCGGCGACGUUAUCCUGAGCGCCUCUCGAUUCGCGACGGCACCAAACGGCCACAAACACGACGGCGAUUCGGACGAUGGCGAGCCUGCAGGAGAUUCGGGCCCUUCAGACGACGACAUCAAGAACCUGGAACGCGCACACAUCCUGAUUCGUGAACUGUGGCGUGCAGCGCCUUCCAUCCUGUCAAACGUCGUGCAGCAGGUCGAGGCUGAGCUGAGCGCCGACAAUCUGCACCUGCGGCAGGUCGCGACAGAAACCAUCGGCGACAUGAUUGCAGGCGUUGGUGCUGCUGGACUCCACCCUUCACCCAUACGGGACGCGGCAGUGUAUCCUCCUGUGCGCUUGAUGGAUGAACCUACUACAACAUAUGCGCCGAACGCGUUGACCACUCCCCAGUCACCAUUCUCAUUCAUCCAGACGCACCACAGCGCCUACCGCAGCUUUGUGGGUAGACGCUUUGACAAAAGUGCCAGCAUCCGAGCCAUCUGGGUUACGGCCGUGGGGCGCAUCCUGUCGACCUCGGCAGGCGGUCUAGGCCUCAACCCCGUCGAAGAGAAGGAGCUUCUUCAGACCCUGCAUGCCAAGCUCUCCGACAGCGAGGAAAAGGUCCGUCUAGCCGCUGUCAAAGCCGUCGAGCUCCUCGGAUUCAGAGACAUUGUCCUUAAACUAGGAGCGUUCGGCGGCGUCGAUGGUGACGAAACCUCCAUCCUGGCGACGCUGGCCGAUAGGAUACGUGACAAAAAGGUCGCAGUUCGUGUCGAAGCCACCAUUCUCCUGGCAAAGCUCUGGGCGGUGGGCGCUGGCGAAAUUGCGGAUGGUCAGGAAGCCGUGACCGCAUGCCUCGAAGGGGUUCCGAACAAGAUUAUCAGUGCUUUCUACGCGAAUGACUUGGAAGUCAACUUGCUCCUAGACCGGGUUCUGUUCGAGUGUCUGAUCCCUCUCAAGUACCCACAAGUGAAGAACAAGCAUGGGUCUUCGGCAUCCUCCGACAAGAAGGCGGCUCUUCUGACCACCGAGCAAGAUGCACUGCGCGCUGAGAGGAUCCUGCUCAUGCUCAAGUCGCUCAAUCCGAGUUCGAUGAAAGCAUUUUGGGCAAUGCAAGUACGGCAGACCCAAUUUGCGGUGGCUGUGGCGGCGUAUAUCAAGCACUGCGAGGCAUACAAUGGCGGUGUGUCCGAAGGGGAUGCAAGCAACGUCAAGAAGCUCCUGGGCCAGGCUAUUGACUGGAUGGCUCAGCAGUUCCCGGACGCGGUCAAGGUUCGUGGCGACUUGCAAAAGUUUGCGAAAAUGAACGACAGGCGGGCGUAUCAGCUGCUCAAGUUUGCGGUAGAGUCGGAAAGCGACUUUCAGAAAGUCAGACGCUCCAUACAUGAGCUCAUAUCGAAGAUUCAGGGGGGGUCGGCGGGAACCAUUGCAGAGACGCUGCUUGCCAUCCUAUAUCGCGCAAGCUCGCUCAUGUUCAACCGGAGUCACCUCACCACAAUCAUGGACACUUCAAAGGACGAGAACAACAAACUGGCGGCCACAGCACACGCCGUGCUCAAUGAGCUAUCGGCGCGCAACCCAGCACUUUUCAAGGCCCAUUCGGCCGAAUUGCGCACGUCCAUCGUCGACCAAGCGCCGUCCGCUACAAAGUCCAACGACCCCGGAGUCAUGGACAUGCUCAAAGCAUACUCCUCCUACGCGAAGCAGUACCCCGAAGAAGUCGAGGUGGACAAGGCAUUCACUCAAACCCUGAUGAACUACGCUCUUUAUGGGCGGCCACACAAAUCUGCCAAGUAUGCGGUCAACCUGAUUUUGAGCAAAGAUGACGACAAGGGCCGGGUCACAGCAACAAAUUUGGUCAAGAAAGCGGCGAAAGGCCUCGAGUUUGGCACGCCCAAUUUCCUCAACAAGCUACAAACUCUGUGUCACUUGCAGCGCUUGGUGCCAGAGGUCACGGCGGACGAGGAUGAGAAUAUCGACAGAGUGGCAGUCAAGGACGUUCUUCGCCAAGUGAGAAAGCCUGCAGAAGAGGAUGAUGCAAGCUGGGUUAACGACCCCGACAUGGAUGAAGAAAUACAAGCGAAGUCUCUCGCAUUGAAACUCCUGGUCAACCGGGCCCUGGCAACCGCCGAUGACGACAGUGCAGAAACGAGGGGAAAAGCUCUGCUCAAGCUCCUCAUGGUCUUUGUAGUGGAAGAGGGCGAGUUCUGCAAAUCGAAAAACACACCACUCCACCACAAGAAGCGCCUUCGCCUGCUUGCCGGCCAGUGCAUACUCAAAAUGUGCAGGGUCAAGAAAUACGACGACCAGCUAGAUCCCGCCAAUUUCAACAAGCUCGCCGAGCUUGUACAAGACAGUGAGCUGCAAGUGAGGCGACGCUUCAUGGAAAAACUACAGAAGCAUCUCCAGGCUGACAGCUUGCGACCUCGCUUCUAUACGAUGCUGUUCAUUGCGGCUUUUGAGCCCGUGUCCGAAGUCAGAAUCAAAGUCGAAACGUGGCUUCGGGCUCGAGCUCUAUACUACGCCGAUAACAAGAGGACUGUCAUGGAGGCCAUGAUUGGGAGGCUGAUCCCUCUCUUGGCGCAUCAUCCCGACUACAGCCCUGCAUUGGAGGAUCUCCUCGACUUUUCAAAGUACAUCAUCUUCUACUUGGACACGGUCGCCCGUGAGGACAACAUCUCGCACAUUUACAAAUAUGCCGAGCGGGUCAAGCAGACUCGAGACAUUCUCAGUCCUGAUGAUAGCGAUAGCCUGUAUACAAUCAGCGAUCUAGCACAGACAUUGAUUCGCAAGUUUCAGGAAAGACGCAACUGGAGCUUCCAAGCAUGGCCGGACAAGGUUGGUCUGCCAGCAGGCCUUUACGUGCCUUUGCCGUCGAGCGAAGUCGCACACGAAAUCGCCACGAAGCAAUAUGUUCCCGAGGAACUUGACGAGAGGCUCGAUGACUUGUUGAAGUCUCUCGAGCGGAAGAAGAAACGCAAGUCAGCUACAGACUCGUCGGAUCGGCCCAGUGGCAAGAAGGCAAAGAGCCAGAUCAGCACUGUGAUCCGCGAAAAGUCAAGCACAAAGGCCAAACCCAAGUCGUCGUCAUCCAAGCCCAAGAGGAAGAGGACGACAAGCACGACCCCAUCGAAAGCAGAGAAGCCAACGAUCCCUCUGUCGGAGCGAAGGCGCAGUGGGCGUGCCGCUGCGCCAACAACCAGUUACAAAGAGGCUGACGAGGAGGACGACGACGCUGAGAUGGAAGAUGGAUCAGCCGCUGGGUCAGACGAGGAGUCUGGGUCAGGCUCUGAUGCGGAGGAGUCUGGCUUGGAUUGA